AUAUACGCACGUUGUCGUUGCUGCGGUGUUGUCUGUGGGUGUGUGUGUUAUUUUUUUGUAUCUCCCAACAACCUGUGUCGAAACGUUCAUUUCUUAUCGUAAAACGCAACAAAAUGGAAGUCAAAGUCAAAGUAUUUUCGGUUAACAAAACCCUGCCCUAUGAUGCCUCGCUACUUCGGAUUAAUUUUUCACUGCCGCAAAUCAAUGAGAUUGCCUUGAACAUAUCGCAGCGCUCCACAGUCUCUGGUAUCAAUGAGAUUGCCUAUGCAUUAAAAGCUUUAAUGUUGACGGAUCUGACCACAUUGGCUGGCGAUGAUACGGCAGCCAAUGUUCGACGACUUUGCGUCCGCGCCUGCCUCCCCUUCGAGCCGCAAUUCUUUGAAAAGUCCUUUGAACGCACUCUCCUCCCGGACAUCCAUUGUGCCGCCGUUUGCGUUUAUCCUGCUCGUGUUGCGGAUGCGUACAAGACGCUGCAACAGUAUGGCAAACUGGACGAAAUAUCGAUUGCUGCGGUGGCCACCGGUUUUCCAACUGGACAGUACGGUUUGCAGACGCGACUGCAGGAGAUCAGCUACGCCAUUCUGGCCGGUGCCACAGAGAUUGACAUUGUGAUCAAUCGUCAGUUGGCGCUGAUUGGCGACUGGGAAGGUGUCUACAAUGAGGUGGUGCUCAUGCGCAAUGCCUGCGGCGAACGAGCUCAUCUAAAGACGAUUCUGGCCAUUGGCGAGCUGGGCUCUAUGGAGAAUGUGUAUAAGGCAUCCAUGGUGUGCAUGCUGGCUGGCGCUGACUUCAUCAAGACAUCCACGGGCAAGGAGGCGGUCAAUGCCACUCUGCCCGUUGGACUGGUCAUGAUCUAUGCCAUACAGGAGUUUAAGCGUCGCACCGGUCAAAUUGUGGGCUUAAAGCCAGCUGGAGGAGUGCGCACUGUGCGCGAUGCCAUUGCCUGGAUAACGCUGGUGAAGGAGACACUUGGCAUGCAUUGGCUGCAACCUGAACUAUUCCGCUUUGGAGCAUCUGGUCUGCUCGACGAUAUUGAAAAGGUGGUGCGCAAUGGCGUCGCGCAGCUGGAAAAGGCUUAAGGAAUACACAAUACACAACUUACAGUAAAAUUGGCAAUAUUAGAAUCAAAAAUACUCAUCGAAUUUUCGUAAAAAAAACGUUUUCUAUAAA